AGACAGAGACAUAAUCAGAUCCUGAGACAAAAAGAGCUGCAGAACAUAAUUCAAAUCACAGGAUCCUUCAGAUUGACAUUUAGACAGAACUCUAGGGCACAGACAGGAGACAGGAGACAGUAGCCAGUAGCCAACAGAGUAAAAAGGACUGAGCUGUGGAAGAACAGAAAGCCCAUUAUAAAGACCCAUAUAAGGAGAAGAGGAAGCAAAGAUGAACCUGUCACUCAUCUUGUCGCUAGUUGCAACUGUCAUCUCCAGCGCUGAAACGGUGUCAGUAGGUAGUUGGCCCUCGGCCAAACUGUUCCAGGCUGCAGAGGAAGUACGCAAAGUGAGGUCAUCGGGAGAGUGUCAGGUUGGAGAUGGAGGAAGUUACAGGGGUUUGGAGGCGGUGUCAGACAGAGGUCGCAGGUGUCUCCACUGGAACCGCUUUGAGAGGAUCGGAGCCCACACGCUCUUUCUGGGACUGGGAACACAUAACUACUGCAGGAACCCAGACCAGAGCUUGCGGCCGUGGUGCAGAGUGAGGAGAGGCAAGAAGAUCGUCAGAGAGUUCUGUGACAUCCCUCAAUGUAAUCCAGAGACUGGUUCUCCUACUGGUUCCCCAGGCAGUUCUUCAGAACCUAGAGCUCCUCGCUCCCCGCAGAUGGACACAGAGUCCACUUGUGGAGAGAAAGACGUAAAACGUUUUAAGGUGGUGGGCGGUGCGGUGGCGUCCGUAGAGUCCCAGCCAUGGAUGGCGGCCAUUUUCCAUCACGAUCAUUUCCAGUGUGGAGGCUCCCUCAUCGCCCCCUGUUGGGUCCUCACUGCUGCUCACUGCUUCCCCGACGGUGAGACCACGUCAACUCGGAGUGUGUCAGUGUAUCUGGGGAAGAGCAGCAUCAAUGAGAGCAACAGCAUCAGAGAGCAGAAAUUCAAAGUAGAACAGCUGAUUUUACACCAGGACUAUAGUAACAACGCUGGGAACUACAACAAUGAUAUAGCCCUGCUGAAGCUGCGGAGCAAGGAUGGUGUGUGUGCGGUGCGAAGCAAAUCAGUGCGGACGGUGUGUCUGCCCCCUCCUCUCACCAUGCUGCCCCCGGGGGCCAUCUGUAGCAUUGCAGGAUACGGCAAGACGAGAGAAGGAGCGUGGCAGUACUCGCAGUACCUCCGCGAGGCAAAGGUGGCGCUGAUGUCCCAAAGUGUCUGUAAGCGCGAGGAAUACUAUGGAAACCUUAUCACAAACAACAUGUUCUGUGCCGGGAGUCCUGACUGGAAAACUGACUCCUGCCAGGGUGACUCUGGCGGUCCGUUGGUGUGUGAAGUGUUGGGCCGUGUGUUUGUGUUCGGUGUGGUGAGCUGGGGGGAUGGGUGUGCUCGCAAGAACAAACCGGGGGUCUACACCCGCAUCACCAACUACAACACCUGGAUCUCACAGAAAACGGGGCUCCCCGCCUACACCACAGGGGCCAUGUACCCCCAGAAAUAACCCCCAACAUCUGAUCCCUGACCCUUCAAUGCAGGGGCUAUGUUGCUUUAGAAAUAAAGCUGUUGUAAGCGGAGUUAGCUCGCUCUGGCCAAAAGUAGUGCCCCAUAUAGUGAAUAGGGUGCCUUUUAGUUUUGCACUAUAAUAGGGUGCAAUUUCAGGAGGGCCAGAGCGAGCUAACUCCGCUUACAACAGCUUCCUGUGAUGGUGCAUUCAGACAUUUGCAGCUUAAUCCAAGCUGCUUUCACAGCUGAACAAGACCUAGAGAACAUACAGGUAAUUGUUUAGUGUAAAUAUAAAAGUUAUACUGUAUUUAACUGCUAUAUUAUCAAACUACUACAUAUCUACAAUAUCAGGAUAAGACCUAAGGAAUAUACAGGUCAUUUUUUUACAUGUUAUCUCCGUACCCAGAACCAAAUCUCACGUGCAGUCUGUUACGAGAGACUGUGUUUAAUGUUAAUGUUAAACUGUGUUUCCACUGCUUAGCUGACUUCAUUGUUUGUGAAUACGAUGAUACUGACCUGUCAAGUUACUUUUGCAAUGUCAGGUUUAUGUGGUCCUCUGUAGCUCAGCUGGUAGAGCACGGCGCUUGUAACGCCAAGGUAGUGGGUUCGAUCCCCUGGA